AAUGCUAAAUGGAUUAAGAAGUGGUCAAUAUUUGUCUUGACAUCAACCCUGAAAAAUAAGUUCAUAAUCAUAUCCAAAUUAUUCGUUAAAUAAUGUUAAUAUACGAUGCUAAUUUAUCUUAUAGUCAACCAAAAAGGUAAAUUCAGAUUGUUUAGGGGCAUAAAUGUAAAUAUAGAGGAUUGUAACUUUGAGAUUUAUGGUAGUUAUCAUACAUAAGCUGAGAAAGAGAGCCAAUUGUUAUUUUCUAACAUUGCUCUGCUCAAAGACAACGGAUCUCUCUUCUUCUUCUUCGAAUCUUUUUUUUUUUUCGAUUUUUAAAUCUUCUCAAAACACGAUACAUCUUUCCUUGAAUUUAUUAGAAGAUUUUCUAGAGACUUUUUGAGCUAUUCUUGUGGAAAUAAUUUAAAGAUAUGGGAGAUGAAGAUUGGAUAGAAUUGAAGUUCAGACUCGCAGAUGGCACUGACAUUGGUCCAAGCAAAUAUAGUCAACUCAUGACUGUUGCAUCUCUUAAAGAGAAAAUCAUUGCACAAUGGCCUAAAGACAAAGAAAACGCACCAAAGUUGAUAAAUGAGGUUAAGCUCAUCAAUGGUGGGAAGAUACUGGAGAACAACACAACACUUUCUGAAGCAAGGUCAUUACCUAUUUGUGAACUUCCUGGAAUUGUAACUACAAUGCAUGUUGUUCUUCGUCCUCCUCUCUUUGAGAAGAAAAAAGAGAAACUGCAGAAUGAUCCUCCAAUGAAGAGUCACUGUGUAUGCUGCAUUUUGUAGCUCCACUUAGAGAUUUUUGAUCCUUUUACAUAAUUUAUUCCAUUGGAAAAAACUUUACAUAGCUUCAAGUCUUCAACAUGGAUCUUCAUUACCAGAAUGAAUUUGGUUUUUUCUUUUCUUUUUCUUCUUCAUUGUUUAUCAAAAAUGGCUUGAGAAAAAUUACUGUGUUGUUGAAGAUUGAGUUAUUGUAUAAAUUUGUUCAUAGGAGUGAAAAGCAAUUAAACAGGAGUUACUUGGUAAUGAAAGGACAUGUUAUCAUAA